AUGUCUGCACCCGCCGUGGCCGCUGGCCAGUCCCAGAAUGCAACCUUCAGGGAUAAGGAGAAGCCCAUGGCCGUCCGCUCGUCCAACAUCGUCGCCGCCCGAGCCGUGGCCGAUGCCAUCCGGACGUCGCUCGGCCCGCGCGGCAUGGACAAGAUGAUUCGCAGCGGCAAGGGUGAGACCAUCAUCACCAACGACGGCCACACCAUGCUCAAGAGCAUGUCGGUCAUGCACCCCACCGCCAAGAUGCUGGUCAAUCUGGCUGGCGCCCAGGACGUCGAGGCCGGCGAUGGUACCACGUCGGUCGUCGUCAUCUGCGGCAGCUUGCUUGGCGCCGCCGACCGCCUGCUGUCCAAGGGCAUCCACCCCUCAGUCAUCUCCGAGGCCUUCCAAAGAGCUGCUGCCGCCGCCGUCGAGGUCCUCCACGACAUGUCCCAGCCCAUUACCCUCAACGAUACCGCGUCUCUCCUGCAAGCCGCCAACACGUCCCUGUCCUCCAAGAUCGUAUCGCAGUACUCCAACCUCCUUGGCCCCAUGGCCGUCAACUCCGUCACCAAGACCAUCGAUCUCAAGAACGCCGACAACGUCGACCUCAAGAACAUCCGAAUUAUCAAAAAGGUUGGAGGGACCAUUGAGGACAGUGAGCUGGUUGACGGCCUGGUUCUCAACCAGCCCGUGCUCAAGAACGCUGGCGGUCCCGUGAGGAUGGAGAAGGCGCGCAUUGGCCUGAUUCAGUUCCAGCUGAGCCCGCCCAAGCCGGAUAUGGAAAACACCAUCCAGGUCAACGACUACCGACAGAUGGACAAGAUUGUCAAGGAGGAGCGACUAUACCUGUUGAACAUGGCCAAGAAGAUCAAGAAGGCCAAGUGCAACGUGCUGCUCAUCCAGAAGUCGAUUCUGCGCGAUGCUGUCAACGACCUGUCGCUGCACUUCCUCGCCAAGCUGGGCAUCCUGGCUAUCAAGGAUAUCGAGCGCGACGAGGUCGAGUUCAUCUGCAAGUCGACCGGGUGCAAGCCGAUUGCCGACAUUGACUCCUUCACCGAGGACAAGCUCGGGUCUGCUGACCUGGUCGAGGAGGUGCAGUCUGCCGGCUCGCGCAUGGUCAAGGUGACUGGCGCCAAGGCCACGGGCAAGACCGUCUCCGUGGUGGUGCGGGGCGCCAACUCUCUCAUCCUGGAAGAGGCCGAGCGCAGCUUGCACGAUGCGCUUUGCGUCGUCCGCUGCCUGGUCAAGAAGAAGGCGCUGAUUGCCGGCGGCGGCGCUGCCGAGAUUGAGAUCGCGGCUCAGCUGUCCAAGCAGGCGCGGAGCCUGACGGGCACCGAGGCUAUCUGCUGGAAGGCGUUUGCGGACGCCAUGGAGGUGAUCCCGACCACGCUGGCGGAGAAUGCCGGUCUGAACAGCAUCAAGGUGGUGACGGACCUAAGGCACCGACACGAGAUGGGCGAGAAGAACGCGGGGGUCAGCAUCAAGUCUGGCGGAGUCAACAUCAACAUCUCCAAGGAGAAUGUGCUGCAGCCGCUGCUGGUAAGCACCAGCGCGAUUGAGCUGGCGGCGGAGACGGUCAAGAUGAUUUUGAGGAUAGACGACAUUGCUCUGACGAGGUAA